GGUGCCGGCAUCUCACUCUGAACAGAUUUCGCCAUGAAGCUGAUCGUCUGCAUUGUGCUGGCUGUGUCAGCCAUGGUGGCUGCCGACGAGGGCUUCUUUCCCCAGUCUGCCCAGUCGGCGCCCGAUACCUACAGCAACUACAACUAUAACAACUAUUACGACUACCAGCCUCCCAAACAGACCGGGUGGCUGGACCGCCUGUUCGGAGCUACCCGACGUCAGGGAUUGGGGGGCCUCCUCGGAGGACUUGGUGGAAUUGGAGCCGUCGGCCCCAUCAUCGGAGUGGUGGUCGCCGUCGUUGCUGUGAUCGCGGUUGUGGCUGGCAUCGGCUACGUCGUCACCACCAUCAACUCAUCCGGCCGAGGCCUGGACACGGACGAUUGGGAGGUGAACCACUCGGUCUGGAUGGACCAGCUGCAGCGGGACUUCGAGGACUCGUGGUCGACGCAGUAGGCCUGAGACGUACAUCAUUUGCAAACGUCGCAGUUGGCACGCGCGGAAUCCAUCGCGCGCCGCAGGCUGCGUAGCAUGUCUCGAUCUCGGGGAGACGUGUUCUGUUCUCCGAAAAUUGCUCACUGAAGGGAUCAGAAGCUCUAACUCGAUUUGCCCUGCGGCCCAUUAACAUGCUCUCUAGUCAAGUCAUUCAAGUUGAGAUUGGGGCCGUGGAAUCUGCACACACAGGAUUUUGCAACGUUCCAGCCCACAAAUAUGCUACCGAUUUUAGGGGGGCUGAAAAACGUGACCAGCCUUGCCCUAUACAACUUCUGCUGGCUUAUUUGCUAUUUUUCUGAAAAGUUUGGCCCAAUGGUUCAGAAAGCGGUCCUAUCUAGCUACCAUCAUAGGUACCUUAUCAAGAUACAUAGCAGAGUCCGUGUUGCUCACCUGUGUGUGACAUCAUAUUUGUUUAGCUCACCUCAAAUAGAGUCGGUGUUGCUCACCUGUGUGUGACAUCAUAACUUGUUUAGCUCACCUCAAAACGCAUAUGCCGCCGCGUGCACUGAACGCACUACGCUGGUAUAAUCAAAUUGUUGGUAUGCCACUGGCGACGGAUUGAAAUUGUUUGCGUUGUCUUUCAGUCCUGUUGUUAUGGUGAGCUGAGUUUUGCUAAAGCACCAGAUGUCAUGAGUAUUGAUGACCCAUCUGGUUGUGCAACGUUGUUUUGUUAUUUUGUGCUGUUGCGCGCUGUUGUUUGUUGCGUUGGAGAUAUGGCAAGCCUGUUACGUCUGUGUUGCUGAUAUAUGCUGCUGACCAUUACAAUAUGUGUCACGUUUCUGCAAGGCGUGGAGUCGAUGGCCUGGUUAGACAGCCAAUGGGCUAAAUGAGGCAGCUUAAACCCUGCUACGAAACCAUUGUGCUGUUAUUACCGGAGACGCAUGGAGCAGCUACGCGAAAUACAUUCUCCAACACUCAC